CAGCUGUGACUAUGCUCCUCCCGUCCUUUCUUUGAGCAGGUUGAUGGUGCUUUUUAACUUCAGAAAUUCGGACACAGACUGACCAAGGUCUUAAAAAUUGCAAAUUCCAUAGUAAUAUUAUUUGUUCAAUAAUUAUGUAUUCCGCACUUUCUUGAAAGCUAUUGUGAGUGUGUGCCUUCCCCAUCGAUCAUUGACGAAAAUGAAUUUUGAGACUGGCGCAUAAUAUUAUUUUCAUUUGAAAUUCGAAUACUUCCUGCAAAUAAAAUGGGUGUCAAAAUUAAAAUCCGGCCCAAGAGGAUUGAUCUCAAGGAAAAACUUAAAGAAAAUUGGCUGCUAGUAGGAAUCCUCAUUGCCGUGAUUUUGGCUCAAAUUCAACCUUCAAUUGGUGCAAGAGGAGGUCUCCUCCGACCAGAGAUAACCGUGAAGUAUUUCUGCGUUGCUGGAAUUUUUUUCAUUAGUGGUCUUUCGCUUAAAAGUGAGCAACUCUACGCUGCAGUUCGCCAAGUGAGGCUGCACAGUUUUAUCCAGGGCUUCACCUUGUUUCUCUUCCCUCUACUUGUGCAACUCUUUGUUUUCUUUUUGAAACCACUUGGGCUAAAUGAGUGGAUUAUCAAAGGGCUCAUCACUGUGAGCUGCAUGCCGCCACCAGUGUCCUCAGCUGUGAUUUUGACCAGAGCGGUGGGAGGCAACGAAGCUGCUGCAAUUUUUAACUCGGCUUUUGGAAGCUUCCUUGGAAUAAUCGUCACACCUAUCACCCUGUUAUACUUUCUUGGAGUGUCAACCUUAGUACCCCUGCUAUCCACUGUCAUUCAACUUGGAUCAACCGUUUUGGUUCCGUUGCUGCUGGGCCAAGUCGCUCGCCGAGUGGGUGGAAACUGGGCACAGAGGAAUGCGUCAUUCCUUAGCUUUCUUAGUCAGUUUGCCUUGCUACUUGUAAUCUACGCAACUUUCUGUGACACUUUUGUGAAUGACGCUGGUCACAUGGACGCCAGCGACAUCCUGUUCGCUGUUUUAUUUGUUGUCAUCUUGCAAGUAGGGCUGAUGAGCCUGGUGUUCUCUGUCACAAGCAAAUUGCACCGCUGGUUUGCCCCGGCAGAUGUUGUUGCAAUUUUGUUUUGCUCCACGCACAAAUCUCUAACUUUAGGCAUUCCAAUGUUGCGCAUUUUAUUUGGAGGGUAUGCUCAUCUAUCUCAAAUCUCUCUGCCUCUCCUGGUGUAUCAUCCAACUCAAAUUUUACUUGGCUCUAUUGUGGCUGCCCCACUUCGACAGUGGUUGCGUGAUAGUCACCACAAAAGUCAUUACUCACUUGGAAUCUAGGACAUGUUAAUUUCUUAUGCAUUGAUCUGGCCAUGUAGUAUUUAUGCACAAAAGCCACUGCUUUUAUUUAUUCCACAUAUGUGUGAUAAUUCUCAAUAAACGCGUACAUAUGUAUGUACAAUUGAUUCAAA